AUGGCUGUCAUUGACAAUGUGGAGAUUACUAUCAGCAGCAACGGCAGUGCUCUUCAGGAGUACGCUGUACCAGCCAACGACGACGCUGGUGUCGACCAUGGAAACCAGUCUGAUGCCACCAAGAUCGUCAAGUGCUACAUAGAAGCGGUCCCUGGUGCCAACUUUGAGAUCAGAUACUCGAUAAAGGAGGGUCAAGAGUUCGGAAAUGCCGAUUACUUGUCACUUAAUACCUGGGUUGAUGGGCAAAAGGUUCUCGCACCUAUUGUAGAGCCACGUCACCUGCGACACGCGGACGAGAUGCCGAAUGCGGCAGUCAACGAUAUCAAAGCAAGAUAUGACGAAAUCGGUUCCAUCCGAGUUGAAUUCUCUCGGAAGAAGCACCUGGGGUUCGCUCACGAGUUUGAGCCGGUCUCGCUGAAUGAAGAACCCAUUCCGGAGAAGGCUAUCAAGGGUCAAGCGCUUGAUCUUGGUGUUGGCCUGCAAUCCGCGCGACCGAAGCACAGCCCAGUCAAGGUACACCGCGGCGAGAUCCUUGAUGAGGGGCCGCUUGCGACCUUCAUUUUCCUUUACAGAAGUAAGAAUGCAUUGCAGAUCCUUGGCAUCCUUCCCCGAACGCCCGAGCCCAUACCGUUGGAGGAGAGAGACCCUGCUACACUGAGCCCUGCGGAAAUGCUGGAGCUGAUUCGCCGGCAGCAGUCAGAGCUUGAAGCAACGAAGGCAAAGGUCAAGAAGGAGGAAGCCGAGUUGGACAUGCCACGAUCUGACACCAUUAAGAGAGAGGCAACUGAUGAGGACGACGACCUGGCCAUUCUCCCAGUGCCACAAAACCGGGUUCGCAAGAAGGUGGAGGUCAUCGACUUGACAGAUGAUUAG